AUUGUUCAAUGAAGUUCCAAGAAUCUUUGGUGGUGGUGCUAGUGUCCAUUCGAGAAUAAGCUCCUCCCAUCGCCGGAGGGGUGAGUCACUUUUACAGUUCUAGACUUCAGGCUUGAACUAUUACAUUCAGUGGGCUAUGGUAUAAUAUAAUGACUAACAGAUGGCGUUUGUGUCAGAGGGUUACAUCGGGUUCAUGGGGGCAUGUAGACGUUAAAUAACAAUAUUGCUAGUUUCUUUCUUCCGGAUAUUUUUAAAAUAUACAGCCUUGAUUUUACCGGUCGAAAUGAACGACUGUUUUAAAGGAGAUGUUGAGGAGGCCAUACAAACUCAUCUUGAUAUUCUGUCAGAAAAAUCUCAGUUUGCUGUAAAUUUAAAACAGGAUAAAGGGUUGUUCAACAAAAUAAGCAUCCUGCAUCUUACUGAUAUUGAUGUUCCAGUGUCCCUAAAUAAUGUGUCGAAGCUUGUUCAAGCUGCUUCCAAGAGCAGUCCAGAAGCAAAAAGUUCUCCUUGUGUAAAGUAUGGACAAAUGUGGCAGAUCCGUCAGUGUGAGGCACUUAAAGCUCAAAGUGAAAAGUGGUCUGACCUUUUACCAGAGUUAACAAACAAAAUGUUAUUACUCAUGGGCCUAAACCCUUUGGUUGUAAAGGUCAAAACCAUCUUACGAGACUUUUUCAUUUGUGGUACUGAUGGCUUAGCAAAAUUUCAUUUCGAAGAAGAGAAUGCUGGAUUUAUUAAGAUGAUUUUACAAAUCCCUGUUGAGGGUGGCCAUGAAGAAGGCCGGAUCAAAGUGGAACUUAACGAAAAAAUACAGUUGUUCAACGUCUGUGAAGAUAGUGAUCGUCAUUACCACGUGACGGCUUUCUAUUCCGACUGCGACCAUCAACUGGAAAAGGUGACGUUUGGCUGGCGGUUGGCCAUGGUCUUUGACUUGGUACUCGAGGAGAAAAUGGUUCAUAACCCCUUAUGCCCACCAGCGAAUCUCCAUUCCUUUCUAGCCGUCGGUCACAUUCAAGAGACUUUAGCGCAAUGGGCCACGAAUGAGAAUGAUUACCCCAGUAUGCUAGCCUUAGUACUUGAUCACCGCUACAGUUCAACUCAGCUCAAUUUUCAUAGCCUGAAAGGCAGGGAUCAUCUUUUGGCCGGACUGCUCCGAUCUGUUGAUAGUAUCAAUACGUAUCUGAGUCACUUUCAAGCGCAUGGACGUAGCAUUACCCUCUCGGACCAAGAAGACAGUGAGAACACGGAUUCAGACUGUACCAAUUCCAUCUGCAUCUGCUGCGUUACCAAAGGUUGUAGCUGUCAGAAGCGUCGGAGAGCCGAGUCACAACCUAACCUGAGAAAUGGUGUCAAGAUUCUUAGCCUGACAGGUGUGGAUGGCAAAACAAUGGAAUGCAUCCCAAUCGAUGUCGACCUCGAUUCGGAAAUGAUUCUUUUCAACCGAAAUGUGCACAACAUCCGUCCCAAUGUAACCGUCUUCGACUGUGAUAAUAUGGAAUAUGAUAUCCCCGACGGCCAUACAGAAUUGGGCCUGUUGCGUUGGUUACGGGAGCCGCGAGCUGUGCUCAUUAUCUUUCCGAAGAACUCUCUGAAAAUGUUCUUACUCGGCAAUUUCACGGCUGCGCUGGAUCGACUCGAAACGCAUCCGGAUGUGAGAACCCUGAAUGAAGUAAUAGCAUUCUGCGAAGACUAUCCGGAACGAGUAUGGAUGGGCGCGAACGACAGAGAAGAGAGGACGAAACGAUUGUUAUCUCUUUGCGUUCAACUGAGAGCCAAAACAGAAGGUUUGACGUUACUGGAAAUAUUGGGUUCGGAUUUCGUGGGAAGGGAACCAGCCGAUUACGAAGGAAUCCGCAAUAAAGCAAUCGCCAUUGAAAUCGCCAAUCUGAUAAUGGUUAUCGGAUGGAAUUCGGCCUCAAUCAUUUCUGUCGAAAAACUUUUGUCACUCAACCGUACCAAAGAUCAAAUGGAAAAUUUCGCUCAUUUUGCAUUGGCCUUCUUCGAUCUCGGACUCCCUGAAAUCGGCAAAAAUAUCGGCAAUAGGCUCGUUGCAAUGCUGCUAACCAAAGCUUACAACGUGUUGCCUAAUUUGACCGUUUCCGCCAUUGUCGCCUGUGCAUCCAUCGUUUUUCGCAUACAACAGUUCGAUGGCAGUGGACCGUUUCGGAUAUAUUCUCUUGGCAUCGAACUCAAAUCACUUCCGCUCCAAAAGCUCUUCCCAGUGAUCGAAGGCAUUCAGAAAAUAUGCAGCGUCUACCUGGAAAACAACCAGGUGUGUCAGAGAUUUCAAAGGGAUUUGCAUAGACAUUUACUGUCUUGUUACAUUCCGGAAGAAUUGGCCGUGGGCGUUAUGCUCUUCUAUCUCGAGCUGGACGACGCCAUAUUGCUGAAGGAAUUUACUCACGCCAUCACUAAUCAGAAAAACGCUAUUCAGUUGAUCGUCUCCUCCCCUGAAAUCUGGAAUAAGGCUGUAACCACGCUAGGCGGCAGAUGGGCUCUGAGCCUUCUAGUCAACAUCCGCAUUGGCCACCUUGAGAAAAUGACUCUUCCGGUUUUCACUUGGAGCCAAAAAAGCACGGCUUUCAUUGCCAAUCCUUGUUUGGAUGAUUUUUUCUCUUCGUCGUCUGUGAGGCACAAUGUUAGUGGUUUCAACAGUCGACGCCAAGCAGAGAAAUGGAUUGAGCUCCUAUUUGGACCCGACCAGCUCGAGUCUGGGCACAGUGCUGAUGUCGAAAUUAAAUGUCAAGACUCAAAGAUCGUUUGUGCCAUUACCAAAAAUCGCGAUUUGCACUGGCGUCAUUUGAACUUGUUUCAACGGUCGCGUGCGGAACUGUUGGCUCUGCGGGAUCGGCGCCGGCGAAGACUUGGCGAAGACAUUUCCGGUUCAAAAGUCAAAGUCUUCACAACAUCGAGGAGCUCUUCCACAGCGUCGCAGACCUCACCUCUCUUGUCUCCUCCGGCUGCGAAACGAUUGCGCAUCAUCGACCAAGAUUAUAAAUAAGUAUUUUUCUUUUUUUUUUCGUUUGUUCCCCGUAAGAAUCUAAAAUCAGCCAUGUUGUUGGUAGUAAUUUCGCGUUUUGUUUUCCUAUUCGUAGAUUUAGAGAAAAUUUGCGUUUAAAACUUUUGGACAGUUUUAGUCUAACUCGUGUAUGUUCGUGGAAACCCAGUUCGAUACUAAGUUGAAAAAUUGCAGAUCAUUGAAAUUGUUUUUUUUUUUAUCUCUCGCGGAGUAAAAAAAUGAACAGUUUUGGAAUACAGAAACCUUUUCUAUGUGAAA